UGCUCGCUCAGUGGAUGUGGCUCCGCGGGAUCUCCACUUUCUCCUCGCAGAUGCGGUACGGGCUCUCUGCAGAAGUUGGGAGAACAUCGCGCGCGGCACUGCUGCUCCUCGAGCCGGAUUUAUGUUGCUAAAUUUCCCGCGGGAAGUACGGAGGGGCGCGUGACAUAAAGUGUCAUUUCUAAUCCACUGAGAUUAUAUAUAUAUAUAUAUUUUUUGUAAAUCUGCAGAAGAGCAGAUUGUCCGUGCGUGUGGAUCGCGUUUGCACCGGGGACCGACAGCACACGGGCGCGCGAUGUUGCGGGUGCGCGCGCUGCUUUGCGCGUUCUCGGCGCUCUCCCUGUCACUGGGCGCAGAUUUGAAAGCGCGGAGCUGCGCUGAGGUGCGACAGGCGUACGGCGCCAAGGGCUUCAGCCUCCUCAAUAUCCCGCACCAGGAGAUAUCAGGCGAGCACCUGCGCAUCUGCCCCCAGGGCUACACCUGCUGCACCUCGGAUAUGGAGGACAAGCUGAGUCAGCAGAGCAAGCUGGAGUUCGAGAACUUGGUAGAUGAGGCGAGCCACGCCUUGCGGACCACCUUCAUGUCCAAGCACAAAAAGUUUGAUGAAUUCUUCCUGGAGCUGCUGGAGAACACAGAGAAGUCGCUGAAUGACAUGUUCGUGAGGACGUACGGAAAGCUGUACAUGCAGAAUGCAGACGUCUUCCAGGACCUCUUUGCUGAGCUCAAGCGCUACUACACAGGAGGCAACAUCAACCUGGAGGAGAUGCUUAAUGAUUUCUGGGCCCGCCUCCUGGAGCGCAUGUUUAAGCUAUUGAACUCGCAGUACCAGUUUUCUGAUGACUACCUGGAGUGUGUCAGCAAGUACACUGACCAGCUGAAGCCCUUUGGCGACGUGCCCCGGAAACUGAAGGCUCAGGUGACACGGGCCUUCAUUGCAGCACGUACCUUCGUCCAGGGCCUCAUGGUGGGUCGGGAGGUGGCCAAUAGGGUCUCCAAGGUCAGUGUAAUCCCACCCUGCGUCCGGGCGCUGACCAGGAUGCUGUACUGCCCAUACUGCCGGGGUUUGCCGAACACCAAGCCCUGUGGGAACUAUUGCCUCAACGUUAUGAAGGGCUGUCUGGCCAACCAGGCCGAUCUGGAUCCUGAGUGGAACCUCUUCAUCGAUGCCAUGCUGCUCGUGGCCGAGAGGCUGGAGGGUCCCUUCAACAUUGAGGCUGUCAUGGAGCCCAUUGAUGUGAAGAUCUCAGAGGCCAUCAUGAACAUGCAGGACAACAGUGUUCAGGUUUCAUCCAAGGUCUUCCAAGGAUGCGGGCAGCCCAAGCCUUCGUCCACGGGCCGGUCCACACGGGGCAUCUCAGACGUAUUCAACGCUCGCUUCAGGCCCUACAGUCCUGAGGAGCGACCUACCACAGCAGCCGGAACCAGCCUGGAAAGACUGGUGGUGGACAUUAAGGAGAAGCUGAAGCAGUCCAAGAAGUUCUGGUCCACACUUCCUGAUGGUAUCUGCAAGGAGGACAAGGUGAUGGCCAGCACAGCCAAUGAGGAGCAGUGCUGGAAUGGGCACGCUAAGGGCAGAUACUUCCCAGAAGUGUCAAAAGACGGUUUGGCCAACCAAAUGAACAACCCUGAGGUGGAGGUGGACAUCACCCGGCCAGAUACGUUCAUCCGGCAGCAAAUCAUGGCUCUGAGAGUGAUGACCAACAAGCUGAAGAACGCCUACAAUGGCAACGACAUCUACUUCCAGGAUUCCAGUGACGAGGGCAGCGGCUCUGGCAGCGGAAGCGGCUGUACCGAAGCGUGUGUCACCGAGUUCGACUUUGUCAGCACGGAGGCUCCGAUUGUAGGGGCGGACAGGAGCGCAGAACGAGCGAUGGGAACCCGCACCGGGCCCUCCAUCGCUCUGGUGGCAAUCCUGGCCCUCACGGCCGUGGCCCUGCAGAGGAGAUGGAGAUAAUGCAGGUGGAGGGCCGGCCUUGGACAGCAGGGAUUCGCCGCUUCCCUCCCAGGGGCCAGGAUGUCCAUGGCCUCCCCAGCUAGAAGAACCGGUACAGGAGAGUCCAGCUGUACUUUCCCCUCCCCCACUCCCUCUCCCCCAUAGAAUGCCCAUUGCACUCAGUGGCCAAAAUUUCUUGCCCACCUUUCACCUUUUUGCAGAAGCGCUCUCCUGGACAGCUUGGUGUCUGAGAUAUCCUUGCGAGGAGGUAAAGAGAUCUGAAGGAGAAAGAAACAUGCCCUGAGGUCUGUUUUGUGUCCUCUUAUCCUUCAACAAAAAAUUAACAAUAAUAAUAAUAAUAAUAAUAAUAAUAAUAAUAAUAAUAAUACA